AACUCUUGUUUUGAAAUGCCACCAAAGCGGAAACGCGUUUCAGCAAACAUGGCGGCAAAUGUCAACAGUAAACCUGGUUGUUGGAAGGUCCCAGAAGUCUACAAACAUCACGAACAACACAACGCAUGUUUUUCUAGACCCAAAUAUAGAGAUGGAAGGAGAGCUAAAGCAGUCAAGGUCUACACAAUAAAUUUAGAGUCCCGUUAUGUGAUGAUCCAGGGAGUCCCCGCUAUUGGAGUGAUGGAGGAGCUGAUCCAGUUGUGUGCUCUUUAUGGAACAGUGGAGGAAUACAGACCGCUGGACGAGUAUCCUGCUGAGGAGUUCACAGAAGUCUACCUGGUCAAGUUUCAAAAACUGACAAGUGCUAGAGCGGCGAAACGUAACAUGGAUGAGAAGAGUUUCUAUGGCGGCGUGCUGCAUGUGUGUUACGUCCCGGAGUACGAGUCUGUGGAAGACACCAAGUUAAAGCUGCAGGACAGGAGAAGUUAUGUUCUGAAAGUGGCUCGGAGUAGAGCAAAAGAAAGAGUAGCGGAUGCGGUACACAUGGAAUCUACGUCUUCAGAAAGCGUUCCCACAUCAAGCAGAGUUUUUGCUACAAAUAAUCCAAUCUUCAAUAGUGACAAAACAGGCGAGACUUCAAGCUUCAGCCAUUGUUCCGGAUUUCCUCUACUGCCUUUACCCCCGCAGGAAUACUUUCAUCAGGAUUAUCGUGGGAACGAACCAACAGAAGAUCAAAUGGGGACUUUACAUGACGCAGUGCCUCCUGACGUAAAACAGCAGAAAGUCCAGAACUUUAGCUCUUUCAGUAAAGACCCUAAUUCCGAAAAAAAAUUGGCCUCCAACCCAGAUUCUUCCGUCAAGCUUGUUCCAAGAACUGCACAUUUGGAAAAGAACAAACGCCGCAAAAUGGAGGAGGCCACAAAACAGCCAGUGCCUGAUUCUGGAGAACCGUCUUUGAUUGGACCAAAACUACCAGAACCACAUAAGCUGGACAUGAAUGAUCAGUCGCUAAACACAACAGUAAAUCUGAUCAGGGGCACAAUGAAGCAGGUGACAUCGGUCCCAGACCUCAAACCAGCGGAGAAGAAGGUUAAGCCACGCCGUCGGAUAUGAUCCAUUCUGUUUUAGUGACGACUGUCCAUAUUUAUCAAAACUAACGUUGAAAGGCUCAACUUAAAAUAAAAUUGUACUUUAAGAAAAACA